CCAGCAACUCGCGCUCAAUUUCAGUUGGUUGAUCGCUGUUACAUGUUCUACGUGGCCCACGCCGGCAUCAGUCCAGGGCACAGCGAUCAUCAAUCAAGCCAGGGCGCUGUUGCCCGCACCGUCCUGCCAUUGUCGCGGUGGCGCGGCGGGAAAGCGAAGAUCUCUGCCGGUGCCCUGGCAUUUGUUACAAUGUUACUACUGAUCGUUCCAGGUGAUGAUAUGCCCGGUCUCCUCUGAAUCGUGGUCACGCUUUCGGUGGGCCAUAAGGCGAUCCCGGGAGGGGAACAGACGAUGACAGGCGUCCAGUGCGCAUAUGUAUAUCGGCGUGUCUGCAGGCGUCGAGUUGCGCGCCAACCCCGGAUUGAGUUGUUCCUGCGUGGUCUGUAUAUCUUGCAAGGCAGGUGUUCCAACCAGCACCGAAGGCAGUUUCGGACCGCUAGCGUUGGUGGCCAUGCAGCACUGAAACAGUUCAACCGAGUCGGACUGGGACAACGGCAAGAAACCCGGAGGAUUCAGCCACGGUUUCUUUCCAUAUUUACGUAUCACUGCGUCCGGCCGAGUAAGAGCACUCUGAGCACGCCUGAGCCGCACGGUAGACACGAGGCCCUGCAAACUAAUUACCCUUCCAUUUGGCCCCUUCGUCCCCUCAUCGGUCCACUAUCGAGGACUGAACCUUCCCGACGUCUCCGCCGAGCGACUCGUAUCUCCCGAGCCCCCGCGCCCCGACGCGAAGCUCGGCCCGACCCGUUGCACACGCCGUCAACGGCCUCGACCCGCCCGCUCGCCUUCAGCCACCCAGAUCUGCAGGCUACCACCACGGUCCACCACGCAAUCCCAACUCGCCGUUCCACCGUGUCGCUCGACACAGCCCGUAUCAGGCCCGGCGCGAGCCAACCAGCGCAGGCGGACCACCCGCGGACGACGAGUUUGUGGAGAUCACCCACGCGCAGCUGCCGAUCGUCCUAGACGAUCCGCGAUCGACUGAGACAACACUCGGACAGCAGCAAGGCGCUCGCGGGAGCAAACCCAAGUCGAGCUCGGAUCCCCCCCGCCCGAGCCUCGUCGCCGCACCAUCCCUCCGUCACCGCUUCCGACCCCAGACACUUUUCUCGACCCUUCGACGCCUCGCCCGGAACUCCGGACCCGCAUCGCCUCGUGGCCCUGAGCUCGAGGCCGAUAUCGCAUUAUUUGCUUCCACCAACGGCCCCGGUCCGCCCUCUCAGUUCCAUUAUCGCACUCCUCCGCAGUCUGUUGGCCCGCAACCCUUCCGCGUCCCGCCGCCUCGCAUCGACACCAACCUCAAGCGAAAGCUCGUCACCCCAGGCGCCAGCCCCCGCAGCGUACGACAGCGCCCCAGCCCGCACUCUUCCAGGACAGCACCGUCAAGCCACCCUUCUCCAUCGCCCCUCCUCCUUCCCCCGUCUCUCGCGGCCAACACCGUCCCGUGGCCGAUCGCCCCUUCGCCGCCUCGCUCUCGCGCAACUCGUAGCCGUCAGGGCACCGUAGUCAGCUCCGAGCACCCCUCGCUGCCCCUGCGAGUUCCCCCGUCCCCGGCUGCCGUACCGCUCCCCGCAUCGGCACCGCUGUCCCCCACCUCUCACCAAGCCACGCCCGCGCCAUCCACCACGCAGCGCUCGAUCAAGAACAAAUCGCCCUUCCCUACCCCCGCGGCGCGAUCUCCCGUUCCGCCUUCGCCCAGGGAAGGAAUCGCGACUCCUCCGGUCCAGACCGCAUCCAAGAAUCCGACCCCUCUAGCAUCGCCCGCUCCGCCCAGCCCCCAUUUCCCGCCCAUCAUGAACGCAUACGGCAACAACAAGCUCGAAGAGACCGUCGAUUUCGGCAUGGAGAUGGACUAUUCGGGCUACGAAUGGUUCAAGGACGCUCCACCGCGACGAGAGGCCCCACCGCCCAUGUCCGCGCCGUCGACCGUACAGGAACAAUACGUUCCACUUCCCAGCGUGAUCGAACAGAACGAGAUGUUCGACUUUGCGCUCAAAUCAGCGCCCAACGUCCUCUACCAGCGAUUCAAGCAGUACGGUCAGCUCGGCGUGCUCGCGUGGUGUUCCGAAUUUGGCGAGAUGAUCGACGCCCUCAAGGCGCUCGGCUUUGAGGGCAACAUGUUCGUCUCCACGCGCACGCAGGCCCUCCGCACGUGCGAAGAGCUGCUUGCCCUCAAGCUCGACGUCAAGAUGCAGAUCAUCAUCAUGUACCUGUCAAGCCAAGUCCAGCGCCUCCGUAGGUUCCUCGACGGUGAACGACAAUUCGACGACUACCCAGAACCAGAUUUCCCCCUUGAUUACACGAGGCCAUGACCAAAAACGCUUCUAUGCCGUGUUUGUCCGCAUCAUGGUUUUCCAAUCCUCACUGCCUCUGUAGUAUGAAAGGAGCCAUACUUGUCUAUUACUGUUUUCGCAUCGGUCAGUUUUAUUCUCGCAUCUAUCAUGAAAACGGUUGGUUCAGGAUGAAAGGCGGAAGCGCGACUCCCACUGUACUGUAGCAUAGUCUUUGUAAUGAUCCCUUGGAAUGAAUAAUCAAACGCAAUUGCA